AUGACAGAACAAUCAGACGAUUCUAGCCUAGAAGUUGAUGAUAUAAGUGAUAUUUUAGGUAUCAUUGACUUAUCGCAAAUUCAUCUUUUGCCUUCUGCCGAUUUAUGGUCCAAUAAAGACUAUAAAAAUGACGUUCUCUCUGAUGUGUCGUCACAGUCGGACAAGAAAUCAAGUAUUUCAGGAAGCUUAGACUCAGUUAGCGUUGUUAGCUCCUCAGAAUCUGAAGAUUCUUUUGUCUCAGUUGAUAAUUCACAGGAUUCUACCAACCCCAACGUACUAUAUGGCGUAAACUUUAACAAGGCUCAAUCGCUACUAUUUGAAGGACAAAACCUUGGAAUAAGGUACCAUGUUAACACAUUAUCACAUUUAAUGAAGUAUUUGGAUACUAUUUUUAAGCACCUAUUGCUUCAGAGCAAAUACAAUGUCGAGUCGAUACUAUAUUCAUCAUUCGAAGUAUUUAAGAAGGUACAUAAAACAGUGUGCAUUUUAUCGUCACUGGGAUACUUAACAUUUACUUCUGAAAUGGUUAAAAGCAUCAGAAUGAAGAAUUUGAUCGCCAUUUUCAAGAAGAUUUACAGUGAUUUCGCAGCAUUUCAUACACAUAUGUGUAAACUCCUGUCAACUGAUGUACACUCAACAAUUAGCUCAAAGCUAAUAGAAUUGAUACCAUUUUCAAUCGACACUCUCUUUUGUAUAUUAAGAUUCUUGCUGUAUUACAUUAAACAGAAAAACACCCAGUCGGAUAUGAUUAACAUAUUUGUUAACAUUUUAAACUAUUGUGCAUUACUGUGUUGUAGCUAUUUGGACCACUCAGAAGAAGUCCUCAAUAAAAUCUCUAUUUUGAGCAUUUAUCGACUAGUGAUUUUAUUUAUGCCUCUUGAUUCAGUUUAUAGCAUAGCUGAGGAUGCAAACACCACAGGACUGGAUUACAAGCCUGAUUAUAAGUUAAUUAUUGAACCACUUUUUGAAGAGUAUUUGUCUGAUGACUUUAAGCCAUCUACACUUGUACUUGAGAAGCUAAGGUCUUAUUCAUAUGAGAAUAAGAGCAAUAAAUUUGAGGCCGAGAUUAACCUGACAAAAAUGACCAGAGAGUCUCUGGAAACAUGUAUAGUUACUGGGGUUACAAGAAGACAGUAUCCAACAUUUCAAAUUGAUCCGAUAGGAUUUUUUGACCUGGUAACAAAUAAUCCACUCUCGGAACUCUGGAAGAGAAUUAAUUUCUGGCUUUUGCAAAGACUUGAUAGUCACCAUAGUGAGAUUAGAAGAACGGCACUCAACAUCAUCAGACAUGCUCUAUGUACAGUUAACUUUAAUGAAAAAGACCGUCAGCACAUAUUAUCAUAUGUGUACAACUGUUUAACAGAUGAUGAUACACUGCCAAACUCACUCUCAAUACUAAUGUACGUUUCAAGGCUAUACCCACUGAAGGAUGGAGCUGUUAGGAGAAUAUCAAACCUUACCCUGAAAGGCUUGAGAAAAGAUGUUAAGCUAAAGGUGUUGGAGUUCUUUUCAAAGUGUAAUUACACACAAAAAGGACUGGAAUUUCUAUUAACUGUUUUAAAAUCACUAUGCAACUAUUCAUACGACUCUUUUGAUUCAGAACAUAAGGGUGUUAAAGAAAAGUCCAGGAAUUCUGGAGAGAUUAAUUUCAUAAUGAGUGAGUGGCCUAAGAUUGUUGAUAUCCUUUGUUCAGUUUCAAACAGCCAUAAAAAUAUCGCAAAAUUAGUUGUGCCAACAGAUGAUGUCACUCCAUACAUAACACAGAAAAGGCUUUGCACCAUACCCGUUUCAAUAUGGGUAUCACUCCUAUGGAGCUACCUAACAAAUACUGACGAUGACAGGUGGAGACUAUUCAAGUGUUUGUGGUUUUCGGAGGCUAAAAUCAGGUUCCCUUCAAUUGUAAAGUCACUAUCAGAACAAGACAAGAAACUAUUCGACUCAUACUGUAAGCUUAAUGAUGAAUUUGUUAACUUCGGGACUGAUGGGAAACCCGAUAUCUCUGUGGAUUUCAUAAAGGACCUCAAUAACUGGAAAAUUUUACAUGAAAUCAGAAUUCCUUACCCUUUUGACCACUUAGAUAAGACUUCAUCUUUGUUUGUGGACGAAUUUGCACUUGAUACUAGUAAGGAUGUGUUUACCCACUUUGGUGACGGAUGUAAGUGUGUGGACUGUAGGAUGGAUUUGGUGAUCAACGACAUAGAUCAUAAGAUUUUUAAUAAUUCUUCUGGCGCCAAGAAGUUCCCCUAUAACCCAUUUUCCAGUAUUUUUAACAAUGCCAAGUGUGAAGUCAUGGAUGAUCAUAAACCUGAGCCGCCUGAGCCCUUUGAACUUCAAUCUGACAUUUCUCAAUUAAACAAUAAUGUCCAUGAAACCUACUCAUUUGCAAUGUCUAGAUUUAAAACCAAGCCUUUCAAUGCUGACAUUAGGAAUAUGGCCUUGAAUGUGGAUGAUGUUUGCUGUUAUGAGUUCCCAGCACCUCUAGGUACAAGCCUCUCAUUUGGGUUUUCAUGUAAAUCCAGGACUUUCCCAUCAGAUUUACUAAUUUUUUAUAAAUUCCCAAGAGUUAUUAACCCUGAAGUUAAUUUUAACGAUUCUAAAGCCUCUUGUAGUAAUUUAUUACAUUCGAGAGUGGAUUACAUGAAACCGAGUUUGAGGCUGGAUGAAAAUGAGGCUGACCUUUACCAUGGCACCGUUACAUUUAAUCUCAAAUUCCCCUAUGCCACAUCCGUUCCAUUCCCAGUUGAUUUUUACUACAAAUUAGGUGAUAAUAUUAAGAAGUUUGGACUCAUUUGGAUACAUCCUAAAAUAACCUGUUAACGUACUUUUACUAAAUUUAUUAUACAUUA